UAUUGAUGUUCGUUUAGUGGACUUAAUCGGUACAUCCAGAUGGAUCAGCUGGGUGAGUUUCGAAAACUCAGCUGAUUUUUUUCAAAAAAGCUGGCUGAGUCUUCACCAUGCAUCUAGCUGCAGCUGAUUCAGUCAAAAACGGUCAAUGACCAAAAUAACUCGGCUACACAUAACCCUAAAUUUAGUUUUAAUCUCUCAGGCUCUCUCUCUCACUCUCUCUCUCUAUCUCUCUCUCUCUCUCUGUUUUGGCGGCCAAUCUCUCUCUCUCCGGCGACCUCUCUCUCCGGCGACCCCUCUCUCCGGCGACCUCUCCCUCUCGCUCAAGUAAGAUUGUGUUGUGAGUUUUCUGUUUUGUUGAAUCGUUUACAUAUGAAAUCCAAUCUCUUUUUCAGGUUCUCUCUCUCACUCCGGCGAUCUCAGCUCCGGCGACCUUAGCUCCGGCGACCUCUCUCUCUAACUCAAGUAAGAGUCUCUGAGAUCUAAAUGUUGUGGGUUUCUGUUUUGUUUGGAAUAGUUUUAUCACCUCACCAUAUAUGAAUCUCUCUCUCUCAGGUUCUCUCUCUCACUCCGGCGACCUCAGCUCCGGGGACCUUAGCUCCGGCGACCUCUCUCUCUAACUAAAGUAAGAGUCUUUGAGAUUUAAAUGUUGUGGGUUUUCUGUUUUGUUUGGAAUAGUUUUUUCACCUCACCAUAUAUGAAUCUCUCUCUCAGGUUCUCUCUCUCAGAUUCUCUCUCUCACUCCAGCGACCUCAGCUCUGGCGACCUCUCUCUCUCGCUUAAGUAAGACUCUCAGGGAUCUAAAUGUUGUGGCUUUUGUAGAUUGUUCUUCUUCAAGUCUGUAGUUUAUAAGUCUGUACUUUGGAAUCAAUUAUCUUCAAGUCUCUAGCUUAUAUCCUAUAAGUUAUGUUAUGGGUUUUGUUUGCAUCUUCAAGUCACUAGUCUGUACAUUAAUAACUUUCAUUGUUGUGUUCUCUUUGAAUAUAUUUGCCUAUCCUUUUGUUGAAUACAAAGCUCUUGUCAUGUAUCAGUCUUUAUAAGCUUUGCUUAAGUGGAUUUGCCAACAUUGUUUAAUGGUGUCUUGUGUCCCACCUUUCUUUUGGUGUCUAGCAGGUGCAACAAGAAGCUUUCUCAUUCUAUUAAACAAUGACAACCAUCCAUGGAUCUGAUGCGAGUAUAUUCCACUCUAAUCUUUUAUUUGAUCUCAGUUUUGUCAAGUGCUUUUCUUAUUGUCUUGAAUCUUCAAAUAAGAAUCUUAUAUGGAGUGACGAGCAAACACGGUUCUUUCUUCAACUAAGACUUGAUGAGAGUCUGAAAGGAAACAUAAGAAAGCAGAUGGUUAAUGAGGCUGGGAGACAGGUGAUCAUGGAUAUGUUCUAUGAGGCAUUUGGUGUAAAAAUUCCAUGGAGAAAAUUUGGGAUAAAGUACAAUACUUGCAAGAAGCAGUACGACUCUUUUAAGAAGUUGACUCGGAACAGAACGGGACUUGGUUUUACUUCAACUGGAUCCAUCAACAUGAGUGAGGACUGGUGGAAUGAGCGAUGCAAGGAGUGGCCUGGUGCUAGAAAAUUUAAAGACAAGCCGGUAGCAAACAUGGAUUUGAUGGAGAAGGUAUUUGGGACAGUUUAUAUUAGUGGAGGUGAAGGUUGGUCUGCUCAGCAAGGUGAAGAUGUUUUAGACACAAAGUACACAGAUCAUGAUGAUGAAGAUGAUGCUGAAUCAAGGCGUGAUGUCCCUACUCAAGAAGUUGUUGGAGAUGAAUCAAGGCGUGGUGUCCCUACUCAAGAAAUUGAUGUCGCAUCUGAAUCAAGGAAUGUUGGCCCCUCUUCUUCUAGGUCAAAGGUUAAUAAAAAAACAUCAAGGGCUGUACAAUCAGGACAAGCUGUGGCUGAUGUGAUUAGGGAGAGUGUUGAGUCUCGAGACAAGAUUCUUUCCCACAAGAAUCAUCUAAUAGAGAAUCAUCCCGAGUUUAGUUGUAGUCAUCUUCGAGCCAUGGAGGCUCUUCACUCCUUGUCUGCUGUAAGGAUGUGGUCUCCUCUCUACAAAGCUUCAAUUAACCACUUCAAAGAAGAUGCUGCGAAUCGUCAGACUUUCUUGUUUUAUGGAGAUGAUGAGAACAAGGUUCUUUAUUUGGAGUUUGCAACUGGUGAAAGCAGAGAUCAUUGAGGAGUUGUUUAUGUUUUAUGUCUCUGUCUUAGUUUAGUAUGAACUCUAGAAUGAAUCAUGUUUUAGUGACUGUUUAUGACAAUAUUUUUAUGAGUUUCACCCUACUGAAAUGUCUAUGUUUAUUUUUAUUUUGAAGUGGCAAUACAACUCUUGUGGAUAAGCAGUUUCUACGUAGCAGCUCUUAUACACUUAUUGCUUGAGAGUUUACAAUCUUCUCUGCCCACAUUUUCGCAUAUUUAAAUGAAUCAGACUAGAGAAAAGAAGAAAAAUCUUAGUCAUUUUCAUAAAGGAGUUGGAGAUUUAGUUGAGAGUACGUAUAGUCUAGUAGAGAGAUAGCAA